AUUACAUAAGUUAACGACAGAACUGGGAAGUAUAAAGUUUAUAGAAAUAGCCUUAUUUUAUUUUUUGUAUCUUGUUUACUGAGUUUGUAGUUAAAAUUAAUCUCAAACGCUUUUAUAUGUGAUAAAAUAACAUAUUUUUAGGAGGCCUCUGACGCACGGUUUAUUCGAGGCAGCAAACAGUCGAUUUCAUCAUCACCUGACACUUCGUAGUGCGUGCUUAGAGUGACCCCAUGAACCCAAUGACGUCAGUAGAACUCACCUUUCUUUCCUAAAAAAGACUCUUUCAGAAAAAAUUAAAAAGUAUCCAGCGUUUAUAAAGCCUAAGACCGAGGACCUUUCAGCAUUGAGAAUAGUCUGUGAUAAUAUACACUUGUUUUGAUUGAAAAUUAUUGGGAGCUUUCUCAGAAGUCUCGAAAAUGGAAAAAGUGAUUCUUCGGUCUGAUCCAGAGUCGGACAUGGUCAUGGAGUUCAUCUACGGACAUCGAAAGUUUUUGGUGUUAUCAGCAGCUGUUCGCCUUGGAAUCUUUGACGAAAUCGACUCCCUUGGCCAAGGAAACUGGAUCAGUCUAAUGUCCCUGGUUGAGAAAUGUGGAUAUGACCAAGGUGUAGCUGAACGCUUUCUCAAUGUCCUUGCUGGGAUAACUCUGCUAGAGAGAAAGAAAGAUGAAGACGAGAAGAAAGACGCUGCCUACCUGUAUCGCAAUGCCCCGUACGUGUCGCGCUACCUGUUGAGGACAAAGCCAGCCUCUCUCAUACCUGUCGUCUUCUUCUCGGAAAUGACGCCAGCACUGUUCUUUAAUUUUCCCAACGUACUGAUGAACGGGCCUACCGACAAACUGAGUAUGAUGAUGGGCGGCAGGGCCGAAAAUGGUGGCCAUGAUGUGUCACCCAAGGAUGUCUUCACCAUGAUUCACCGCGGCCAUAAUUCCAGUGACUUAAUGAAAAAGCCCAUUGCCGGCACAGACACCGGAAAGACGAAACCGGCAGUGACCUCACUUGCACGUGGUGGUGUCACGGGACCAUUGCCAGAAAUGACGACACCAGGCCCAGCGACCUUCAUGAAAUUGAUGGACUGCACUGUUGACAGGUGCAUUCCUGCUCUGGUCACGGCCUUUGACCUGUCCACUCACAGGAAGGCUGUGGAUAUAGGCGGAGGAUCUGGCUGUCUUGCCCAUCACCUGGCAACGGUGUACCCGGAUGUUCACGUGACUGUCUUUGAUCUCCCCCAGGUGGUGGAAGUGUCUCUCCAACAGCAGCCAGAGGAGAUGAAAUCUCGUGUCAGCUUCAUCGGUGGAAACUUCUUCAAGGACGACUAUCCAAUGGCAGACCUGUUCAUCAUGGCGCGCGUUCUGCAUGACUGGGAUGAAGAAAGGGACGAUGUGCUGCUGACUAAAGUCUUCAACAGUCUAACGCCAGGUGGAGCUCUUUUGGUCCUGGAGAAGACAUUGCACGACGACAAAGGCGGUCCUUUACCUGCCCUGCUGGAGGACAUCGGCAUGGCGACCUUGUCGAUUGGACACGAGAGAUCAGGAAAAGAAUAUCGCAAGUUGCUCGCCAAACACGGAUUUGACCAAAUAGAGAUAAAAGAAAUACAAGGUUCCAACCAUUUUGACGCCAUUUAUGCGAUAAAGACCGAACAAUGAGUUUCUGGUAACAAAAAAUAAAGACAAUUUGAAAACUGAAGAAAAUGACGAUAAAGAGGAGAAGGAAAAGGGAAAGGAGGAGAAAAAGAAAAAGCUUUGUUAGGACAUAACAUGUCACGGAUUAAAGGGCAAUAAUAUAGCAGAAUUUAAAACAAUCCUUAAAGCCAAGAAGAUACCACAAAGGAAAAAAAUGAUAUUUAAAUCACCCCCCCCCCCCG